AUGAGUCGAAGCCCGGAAAGGAUCUCCUCGUACCGGCGCCACUUCGAGGGCGCUCUGGCUGCCUGCUCCUCGUCCUCCACCGCUCUCCAGGUGCGGGUCUCCAGCCCGUCUCCAACGCGCCGGAGCGUCCGCACUCGCUCGGCCAGCUACAGCCGCAGCGGCAGCAUGGGACGGAGAGCGGUGUCCGCCUCCCGCAGAAUGGCUGGCAUGGGUGGCGUGGUUGGCAUGGGUGCUCUGUGCGUUGGCAUGGGAGGUGUGGACUUGGAUGCAGCAGCCGCUGAGAACCAGGCCUUCAAGAGCACCCGCACCAGCGAGAGGCAGGAGAUGAUCACUCUCAAUGACCGCCUGGCCGUUUACAUUGAGAAGGUGCGCUCCCUGGAGUCCCAGAACAAGCUGCUUGAGGCGGAGAUUGAUGCUAUCCAGAACCGCUACACCAAGCCGUCUGGCCUGCGUAAGCUGUACGAGGAGCAGCUGCGUGAGAUGAUGAGAGUGGCCGAGCAGAUGAAGAUGCAGAGGGAUUUGGCCUUUGCUGCAAAGAAUGCCAUGGCUGGUGAGUUGGAGAUGAUGAAGGCUAAGUAUGAGGAGGCUGUGGAGGCCAGGAAGAAGGUUGAGAUGGAUAUUGAAGCAUUCCGGCCGGAUGUUGAUGCUGCCACUGCUGCCCGCAUUGCCCUGGAGAAGCAACUGGACAACCUGGAGCGUGAGCUGGAGUUCCUGCAGAGGCUUCACAAGCAGGAAAUUGAAGAACUGAUGGCUCAGAUCUACGGUGGCAUAUCUAAAGUGGAGGUGGCAUACGCUCUGCCUGACCUGUCAUCUGCACUCAAGGACAUCCAAUCACAAUACGACAGCAUCGCCGCCAAGAACCUACAGGAAAUGGACUCUUGGUACAAGAACAAAUUCCAAGACAUGAAUCAUGUAUCAACAAGGCAUGUGGAUAGAUCACGCAGCGCAAGACAGGAGAUGACAGGGGUGAAGAGAGAUAUUGCGAACAAGGAACGUGACCUGGAGGCUCUGAAGACUAGGAAUGAGGCAUUGGAGGCUCAGAUCCGCGAGGCCCGGGAACGUUACAGUAAGGAGGAGGAAGACCUCCGGGCCCGAAUGGAGGCUGUGAAGCUGGAACUGCAGGGCAUCAAGGCAAAGAUUGCCAUGAUGAUGAAGGAAUACCAGGACCUGCUUAAUGCCAAAAUGGCCUUGGAAAUUGAGAUCACCACCUACAGGAAGUUGAUCGAGGGCGAGGACCUUCGUCUGGGCACCAUGGUGCGGUUUGGUGGCAUGUCUCUGAUGGGCAGCGGCAUGGGUGGUGGCAUAGCCGCCAUGGGCGCAGGGAUGAGUGCUGGCAGUGCCAAGGGCAUGGGCGCCAUGAGUGGCAGCGCUAUGAGCGCUAGUGGCAAAAGUGCUGGCAUGGGCACUGAUAUGACUGGUGGCAUCGCUAUGGCAAGUGGUAAGAGUUCGUCCCUGAGCGCCACAGAGACAUCGGGGUCAGUCAGUGCCUCGGCGUGCGGCUUCAGCACCAGUGGCAGCGCCAGCGCCGUGAGUGGGUCCAUGGAGAUGGAAUCCAAGACCAUGUCCUCGUCCAAUGACAUGUCCACCAUGGUUGGAGGUGUCGCUAUGGCAAGUGGUAUGAGUUCCACCAUGAGCGCCUCCAAGACAUCAGGGUCCAUGGAGACGGAAUCCAAGACCAUGUCCUCCAUGAUGUCCUCGUCCAACGGGAUGUCCUCCAUGAUGUCCUCGUCCAAUGGGAUGUCCAAGACCGUGUCCUCCACCAAUGAGGCGAUGUCCAUGUCUUCCAGCAGCAAGUCGGAGUUCUCCAAGGAGAUGACCGAGAAAAAGACCCUCCUGAUCAGCAACCAACCCCAGGGAGUCAUCAUGAGUCGAAGCCCGGAAAGGAUCUCCUCGUACCGGCGCCACUUCGAGGGCGCUCUGGCUGCCUCCUCGUCCUCCACCGCUCUCCAGGUGCGCGUCUCCAGCCCGUCUCCAACGCGCCGGAGCGUCCGCACUCGCUCGGCCAGCUACGGCCGCAGCGGCAGCAUGGGACGCAGAGCGAUGUCCGCCUCCCGCAGAAUGGCUGGCAUGGGUGGCGUGGUUGGCAUGAGUGCUCUGUGCGUUGGUAUGGGAGGUGUGGACCUGGAUGCAGCGUCCGCUGAGAACCAGGCCUUCAAGAGCACCCGCGCCAGCGAGAGGCAGGAGAUGAUCACUCUCAAUGACCGCCUGGCCGUUUACAUUGAGAAGGUGCGCUCCCUAGAGUCCCAGAACAAGCUGCUUGAGGUGGAGAUUGAUGCUAUCCAGAACCGCUACACCAAGCCGUCUGGCCUGCGUAAGCUGUACGAGGAGCAGCUGCGUGAGAUGAUGAGAGUGGCCGAGCAGAUGAAGAUGCAGAGGGAUUUGGCCUUUGCUGCAAAGAAUGCCAUGGCUGGUGAGUUGGAGAUGAUGAGGGCUAAGUAUGAGGAGGCUUUGGAGGCCAGGAAGAAGGUUGAGAUGGAUAUUGAAGCAUUCCGCCCGGAUGUUGAUGCUGCCACUGCUGCCCGUAUUGCCCUGGAGAAGCAACUGGACAACCUGGAGCAUGAGCUGGAGUUCCUGCAGAGGCUUCACAAGCAGGAAAUUGAAGAACUGAUGGCUCAGAUUUACGGUGGCAUGUCUAAAGUGGAGGUGGCGUUCGGCCUGCCCGACCUGGGGGCUGCGCUCAAGGACAUCCAAUCACAAUACGACAGCAUCGCCGCCAAGAACCUACAGGAAAUGGACUCUUGGUACAAGAAUAAAUUCCAGGACAUGACUCAAAAGUCAACGAGGCAUGUGGAUAGAUCACGCAGCGCGAGACAGGAGAUCACAGGGGUGAAGAGAGAUAUUGCAAACAAGGAACGUGACCUGGAGGCUCUGAAGACUAGGAAUGAGGCAUUGGAGGCUCAGAUCCUUGAGGCCCGGGAACGCUACAAGAAGGAUGAGGAAGACCUCCUGGCCAGAAUUGAAGCUGUGAAGCUGGAACUGCAGGGCAUCAAGUCAAAGAUUGCCAUGAUAAUGAAAGAAUACCAGGACCUGCUCAAUGUCAAAAUGGCCUUGGAAAUUGAGAUCACCACCUACAGGAAGUUGAUCGAGGGCGAGGACCUUCGUCUGAACACCAUGGUGCGUGGCAUGUCUCUGAUGGGCAGCGGCAUGAGUGGUGGCAUGGCAGCCAUGGGUGCUGGGGGCAAGAGCAUUAGUGGUAGUGGAAUGAGUGCUGGCGGUGUCAUGAACGGCAGUGCCAUGGCAAUGGGCACCAUGAGCGCCAGCGGCAAGAGUGGCAGCGCCAGCGCCGUGAGUGGGUCCAUGGAGUCCGCCAUGGCGAUGGAAUCCAAGACCACGUCCUCGUCCAAUGGCAUGUCCACCAUGGUUGGCGGUGUCGCUAUGGCAAGUAGUAUGAGUUCGUCCAUGAGCGCCUCCAAGUCCAUGGAGAUGGAAUCCAAGACCAUGUCCUCCAUGAUGUCCUCGUCCAACGGGAUGUCCAAGACCGUGUCCUCCACCAAUGGGGCGAUGUCCAUGUCUUCCAGCAGCAAGACGGAGUUCUCUGAGGAGCAGGCGGUGGAGAUGACUGAGAGGAAGACCCUCCUGAUCAGAACAGUCAAGACUGAUGAGGACGAGAUCUUGAGCGACACACAAGAACGCACCACCAUAAUCUGUGGAGCGGCCGAUGACCUGUAG